GGAGCGAUACAUAUGAUGCAGGUUCGUUUUUGCACUCCAAUUUGGUUGGCUCGUUGAAACAACCUAAGAAUGAUGCUACGAGAAAUUAUUUUUUGGCCAAGGAAGGGGAGAAGGCUACAGUUGGUCUUCAAGAGUUCACCAAAUAUACCAGCUCAACCUACUUGGGAUGAGAUCAUUGCUUUUGGGGGAAUACCAAAGGCAUCAAAUGGAGUGAGAUCCGAUGCAAGAUUGGAAAAUCGGCCCGAUGUGGAUAUGCCUCAGAUGGAGAAGGCAAUGAGAAAUGCACAGAUGCGUGAUACUUCUUGCAGUUCAGGUUAUUCAUAUGGUGGCACAUUGGGUUCAGCAUUGGGAUCUCCUUUCGCUGGAGGGACAGCGAAAUGCCAUGGUUUAUGGAUGCACACGGCUCCAAUGAUCGCUCAGGAUAUCUUGUGCCAGACUGGCUGGCGACAUACUAGGAGACUAUGUUAAUGUGUAGUUAUAAUAUGUUUUGCUCUUUUCGCCGGUUAAUUUUUGUAUCAAUUCUUGGCGAUGCUUGAGUUGUAACACAUACUCGAUCUGAUCGCUUUUUAAUAAAUGGCCGUAUGCAUCAUCA